AUGUCUGAUUUUAUUACCAAAUUUGAAAAAUUGUCAUUCGAUCAAAUUCCAUCAAAGUUGGAAACCAUUGAAUUUGCAAAAUUGAAUGAUGAGCAAUUGGCAUUAUCGUCCCAAUUUGAAACUUUAUCCAAAAGACUAGAUGAGAGUGACACAUUGACACAAAUUAACGAUUCCUUAAGAAAUAAGACUUUUGUAGUUGGGUCAGUUCCAAGUAAAGCUGAUUUGAUCUUGUUUGAGCAGGUAUUGCCAUUGGCUUCAAAGUGGACUUCGAAAGAAGAUAUUGCCAAGCACAGACAUUUAUUGAGGUGGGUUGAUUUAGUUCAAAAUACUUUGGUGAAUGUUCCAGAGCCUGUCAAGAUUGAUUAUGAUAUUGAAAUUCCUAGAGAGAUUAAAGAAAAGAAGAAACCAGCAGCGGGAGCAGCCAAUGCUCAAAGUAAGGAUGCAGCAGCUUCAACCAAGGCAGGUUCUAAGGCAGAAAAGAAGAAGCAACAAAAAGAAGAAGGAGCCGUAGAAGGCAAAGCCUCAUCUGAACAAAAACCAUACCAAGAAUUAUCUGAAGAGGAGAAAAAGGCAAGAGCAGCAGCUAAAGAGGCCAAGAAGGCAGCUAAGGCUAAAGCCAAUGCUGAGAAGGAGAAGCAAAAACAAAAUGAAAAAGCCGCAUCAUCAGCACCACCAUCCCCGGCAUUGCUUGAUCUUAGAGUUGGGUUCAUUCAAAAAGCAGAAAGACACCCCAAUGCUGACUCGCUUUACAUGUCGACUAUCGAUAUGGGUGAUGAAGAAGGUCCAAGGAUUGUAUGUUCAGGAUUAGUGAACUAUAUUCCAAUUGAGGAAAUGCAAAAGAGAAAUGUUAUUGUUGUUGCCAACUUGAAACCGGUAACAAUGAGAGGUGUCAAGAGUUGCGCUAUGGUUUUGUGUGCUUCAAACAAAGAUGAUGGUGUCGUUGAGUUUGUUAACCCACCAGAGGGUUCCAAGCCUGGUGAUAAGAUUUUCUUUGAAGGGUACAGCGGUGUUCCUGAAAAGCAAUUGAAUCCAAAGAAAAAGAUUUGGGAAGCUGUUCAACCAAAGUUUACCACUACCGAGAACUUUGAAGUUACUUAUACUGAAGAAGGUAAACCCCCAGCAUUUUUGGUGAAUGAGAAGGGAGAAAAAUGUAAGAACAGUACUGUUGUUGGUGCUUCAGUUAGCUAG